CAGAAAUGCUGAUUAAGCAUGUGACUGUUUUGGAUCAAGCUAUUACAAGUGUAUUUCUCUUGUGUUUUUGAGCAAGUCGGAGGAGAGGUUUAUUCACUACUGUAUUGAGUUGCAAUAAUUAGUGUCUGUUGGAUUUUUAAGACACUCAAAGUCAUAACCGAGCUGUUGAUUAUUAGAUUUCUGCAAUGAUGUCUUCCCCUGCUAAGUCAGGGGCUGUUUCGGGGAGAAGACUUUCACGAACCAAAAGCAAGAAAAAACACUUCGUGCAUCAAAAAGUGGAGGUGUUCUGGGCCAGCGACCCCAUCCUGACGGUGUUCAUGUGGGGCAUCAAUCACACGAUAAACGACCUCUUCCAAGUGCCGAUGCCAGUAAUGCUGCUUCCAGACGACUUCAAAGCCAACAUAAAGAUGAAGGUCAACAAUCAUUUGUUCAACAAGGAAAACCUCCCUGGACAUUUCAAGUUUAAGGAGUACUGUCCUCUGGUGUUCAGGAAUCUGAGAGAGCGAUUUGGAGUUGAACAUCAGGAUUAUCAGGUUUCUCUAACACGAAGUCCUCCAGUAAAGGAUGACAAGGGUGAGGAAGCAGUGUUGUUGUUGUUGAAAUCAUAUGACCGAACACUAAUUGUCAAGCAGAUCUCAAGUGAAGAGGUGGAGGACAUGCACAACAUCCUUUCAGAAUAUCAUCAGCACAUUGUAACAUGUCAUGGCAGCACAUUACUUCCUCAACUCCUUGGCAUGUACCGCGUCACUGUGGACAAUGAAGACACAUACCUUUUAGUCAUGAGGAAUAUGUUUAGCCACCGACUAACAAUCCACAGAAAAUAUGACCUCAAGGGGUCAUUGGUUUCUCGAGAAGCAAGUGACAAAGAAAAGGUGAAAGAACUGCCUACAUUCAAGGAUGUGGAUUUCAGAAAUAACAUGCAGCGAGUGUACAUCAGUGACGAGGAGAAGGAGAAGCUUCUGGAUAAACUCAACAGGGAUGUUGAGUUUCUUGUGCGUCUGAAGAUCAUGGACUACAGUCUUCUGCUGGGUAUUCAUGACGUCGGGAGGGCAGAACAGGAGGAAGAAGAGGAGAUGAAGGACUCUUUAAGCGAAGAGGAAGAAGAUUCAGAGAAUGAUCUCCACCUUCCAGCGGUGUGCUCUCUCAGGACGUCCCCUGAGGGCAUUGCAGGAUACAUGAGCUCCUACAAACCUCUUGGUCCAGGAGAGUUUGACCCGUAUGUUGAUGUGUAUGCCAUCCAGAGCGUAGAUGGUGAGCUUUUCGGUCUCCUCAAUUUGUAA